AUGGCGCCCCCUAUCGAGCUCUCCAUCCCAUCCACCAUCCUCUCCUCAGAUCAAAACACCAAGCCGUAUACCCUCUACAACAUAUCCCUCCGCCUCCCUCUCCGCACCUUUGUCAUACAGAAACGCUACUCCGACUUCGUCACCCUCAACUCAUCCCUCGCCUCAGCAGUCUCCUCCCCUCCGCCCGCAACGCUCCCCGCCAAAUCCUGGUUCAAAUCUACAGCCUCCUCCCCAGAACUCACGGAGACCCGUCGGAAGGGUCUAGAAGAGUACCUUCGAGCUAUCGCAGAAUGCCCCGACAAGAGGUGGCGGGAGACGAGCGUAUGGCGGAGUUUUUUGAACCUGCCGAGCUCGAGCGGGGGCGGAAGCAGCGUGCGCAAGGAGCUGGUGCAGGCGAAUCAGCGGCUGGGCGUGCGGAAUCCCGGGCAGGUAGCUUCGGAUCCGGGCGUGUGGCUGGACCUGCAUCGUGAGAUGAAGGGGCAGUUGCAUGAUGCCAGGCUGUUUCUUGGGCGGAGGGACGGGGCGACGAAUCCGCAGGCGCAACAUGAGGCUGGGGCCAAUGCGAAAAGAUGUCUUGUCAAGGCUGGGGCCUUGCUGGGCAAUUUGGAGGAGGGACUGCAGAUUAUGGGUGAGGGGGAUAAGAGGGGAUACGAAGCGAAGGUUGGGGCUGGUGAGCUCAGGAGGCGGAGGGACUUACUUGGGAGCGCGAAGGUUGAGAAGGAGGGGUUAGAGAAGCUGGCUGUCAGUCUUGCGGUUAAGGGGCAGCAUAAGGGGAAUGGAAUUGGCAGUACAGCUGCUACCCAACAAGAUAAGGAUGUUCUAUUCGGACCCAAUGUAUCGAGGCCGAGCGGGAGGGUUCUUGGUGCGCCGGUGCCAGAAACGGACAAGACGCGGGAGUUGGGUAACGAAGGGGUACUACAGUUGCAGAAACAGCUUAUGGUAGAUCAGGAUUUGGAUGUAGAUGAACUGGCCAAGAUAGUCAGGAGGCAGAAGGAGAUGGGUCUUGCUAUUCACGGGGAGUUGGAGUUGCAGAACGAGAUGCUCAAAAGGGUCGAUGAGGACGUUGAUCGCCUUGGAGGGAAGAUCAAUAUCGCAAAGAAGAGGAUCGGGAAGAUCUCUUGA